AUGCAAGACACGAAGGUCGGCAACGAGCAGUUCAGCAACGGCAACCAAGACACUUGGUCCAGUGAGGCCACAUGCCCCAGUGGCUAUGUGGCUGUCAUGCCUGCCCGGAUCUGGGGCGAGAAUGAGCAGCAGAGCAGUCAAGAUGACUGGACUCUGAACAGGAUUGGAAGCGAUGGCAGCGACAACGGGCAAACGAGAAGCUGCCCAACGGGCACCUACGUCACCAAGAUUGAUGUGUGCGCAGAAGGGAAGUGGGAUGAGAUGUAUUCCAUUCGUUGCUCAGAUGGCAGCACAGUGAAGAUCACAGAUGGAAGUGCCAAGAACGGCGAUUGCUUUUUCAAUCGCCGCCGGGAUAGUCGACGGAGAGAUGACAGAGGCCGAAGAAGGUCGACCAACUUCGAUAACCUCGCUGGCGUGAGAAGGGUGAACGGAGAGCACCAGAAAAACGCAGACAAGGUUUGCUUCGAGAACAGUCCAGGCAGCGCUACAUUCAACUGCAAGGGCAACACCGACACGGAUGAUUUCGAUUUUACCUGUGGGAGUCGAGGCUUGAUUUCAGGCUGGCGGGAGCAACACCGCCGGCGCAGCGUCUCCUUUCGUUGCCGUACUGUGAAAACUGUGAUCAAGGCCUUCACAUGCAGUUCCAACGGUUGCAAGGUUCGCUGUGCCAAUGACAGAUGCAAAGUGAGGCCCUACUGCUUGAAGGCCUCAUCCUCUGUUGUGGGAGCUGGAAGUACUGCAUCAUCCAGCGGCGGCGGGCAGUAUACUGGUUGGUCCACAUGCCCUUCUGACAUGAAAGCAACAGGACUACAGUACAUGGAGUUGCAGGGAAGCGUGGCGGAUGCCUAUGCCACUUCUCUCCGGAAUGUUGUUUGCGAACAAAACAGAUGCAAAGCAAGAGCCGCUUCAACGGGUCUGACGAUCAAGGCGGCUUGCGUGCGCGACGCUCACAUCACUCACGGAACGGCGACAUCCGGCAGUCCAUAUUCUUGGUCACCUUAUUCUACGUGCCCGUCGGGCUACAAUGUUGUUGGAGUUGCUGGUGUUGACAUGUCCAACCAGCAGGAUUACAUUCGUAUCCUGGAGUGUAAUGAUGGCGGAUGCAGGAUUUAUUGCGUUGGAACAGGCACGUGCACAGUGAAAGCUUCCUGUCUGUCUGCGCGAACCAAAGCCCAGGCUCGAUGCACUGCGGCUCACAAAAACCUGCUAGUGCAGUACUCAGAUGGAGGAUCGGCCUCAAACAGUUGCCCAUCAAGCCACGCGGCGGUAGCUUGCCUGUGCAAAUCUUCAGAGCUGGGCAAAUGCCCAGAUACGCCCCCUUCAUCGUGCAGCAACGUGGACUUUGGCCGAAGAAGGGGCAGUGGCCGUUUGACACGCUUGUGCACCCAGGGGAAUGGCCAGGUGCAAGUAUCACUCGGCAGCACAAGCGCAGCUGCCGUGGAUUAUGGAAAAUCGUACACCAUGCAGUCGGUCAAACUGACGGCGCUUGAGUCUGGCAAAGUUCCCCUCAAAUUCAAAGAGACAGGCGGUCAAUAUACCACUGUUUGGCUGAAGGACGUCAGCAUCAGUGACCUGGUAACGAGUGCAUCAGAUCAAAGCUUGAUGAUUGAUGCCAACAACGAUUGCUCUGGUUCUCGAUGGGAGAUUGAGCUGGAUGCGAGUGAGCAAGGGACCCCUUACACGGUCACCAUUACCUACGGCGACAGUCGCAAAGAAAUCGACACAACUGGCUGCAUGGUCGGAACAGAGGGUCAAGUGGUGGAUGCUUCCAGCACCCAGAAAGUAGUCCCCAAGGGCCAGUUCAAGUCCGUCAAAAAGUCGAUUUUUGUACGUGGUAGUGGCGGCAAGGGUCGCUUGCAGUUCUCAGGCGAGCUCGCGUCUGGAUGUACCGGCAUCAAUAAGAUUUACAUUUCCAAGGAGGAUUCAGUUUUUUGGGCGACCUGUGGCACUCCCUUCAGCAAAGGUUGGGAGUUGCUCCAGUCCCAACAAGCCAUAGGCAACGCUCAGCUGGUAUAUCGCAGCAGGAAAAACGCCGGUCUUGCGUGCGUUCAGCCCAUGACCGGCAAGAUGGUCGACUGUGCUCCAGAGAGUGACAUCCAGCAACAUAUCCAUCAAGUCUUCAGCUUGGACUACUUAGCGCCUUUGGUGGCCAAAUGGACACAACUCGCGUCUGGGCAGAACCUUCAACCUGGCUCUUGUGUCCAUGCACGUAACAAGUACUUGCCCAACCUGAACAUUGGCCAGGACCUCGUUGGCUGUGGCUCAGGACAAGUUCUGAGCUCCUACUCCUUCCGACAAGACAGCUCUUGCAACCAUGCCGAUUAUUAUCGGUACUUCUACGGAUGCGAAACGAUUGUUCCUGUCGGCUCCACAGGUGCUUGUUCACAAAAGGCCACUCGCUGUAUCGCCCACACUAGCAGCUCGCCACACCUGUGGGAACUUGAUAGACAUGAUGUUGGAGCUGAUUGCGAAGCAGGAACGCUCAUGACGCGGUUUGCCUACAAAUCUUGUCAAGGUGAAGAUGGAGCUGGCUACCAGUAUACCUACACAUGCUGCUCUGCUCAGGGUAUUGGUGAGUGCCAAGAAAUAGAAACCGAAUGGGGGGAGGUUGGCCACUUGAGCGAUUUGUCGGCGUUGGGGCAUCAUCGACUUGAGUGCCCUCGAGACACUGGCCUAAAGCGGUUUCUCCUGGAGGCGCAAGUUCCGGAGGUGGCUGCGGGUGAGCCGCUGCAAGGGGAAGUUCGAUACAACUUCAUUUGUUGUGCCUUGCCACUGGCGCCUCCAGUUAGCGUGCGGACAGGGCCACUGUUGGAAGAUGAUGCUAAGCAACUCAGCCAAAACUUGGGCUGA